CAAUUUUAAAUAAUUGCAAAUUUUGUUAAAUGUUGCAGUUUUCUACGAUAAUGAAAAGCCAAAUGUUCCAGUUUUCACGUCGGGAGUGCGAAAAGUACCAGUUUUUGCCUCGAGCGCGCGAAAUGUACUAGUCUUCGACGCAAAAUUGCGUAAUGUACUAGGGUUUGACGCAAAAAUUUUCAGAUGUUGGAAAUAGCUAAAAAGUGUUUUGCUUACUGGGUUUAACAAGAUAGCCAAAUAUGUAUCAUGUCGGCGAUUUACGUUGUUACUAUAGUGAAGAGUGCAACGAAAAGACGAGUGACGGACCCCGGGCUUGAACCGAGACAACGAAUUAAAAUCGAUCAAGCGGACAGUGCAUGGUGGAUCUCUCGCGACUACGAUCGCUAUAUAAGCCGAGUAACAGCUUAGGCGCCUCGAUACAACGUUCAGGAAUGCGUGUUUUGCGUGUCUAUAAAUCCAGCCAGCAUCGUCCGCUCAGGAACUCGAAGCUCGAAGAGCAGAGUAACGUAUUCUUGUACGAAACUGGCCUUGUCUAGUUUUAUAUCGCUCCUGCUUCUGUGUGCUCUCUUUGUGGGGCAUUUAUCUGACUUCUUGAUGAGAUUGAUCUCGAUUCCGAUUUGGAAAUUGACGCUCGACUUUUAUUGGAUGUUUAAGGCGCGUAUUAUAUACUUAUACGCGCUGAUAUGAUGAAUGUAUGGAGUCUGUGAUCGUAGUUCUCGCCGCCUUUGCAGCAGUCGCCGUCGCUGCACCUCGGACCACCACGUUACUAAGUCGAGUAGCUCCUAAAACUGCGGCUGUCGUCAAAGAAGCGCAUCAUAACAACAUCGACACCGGUGGUUACCGAUACUCGUACCAGACGGACGAUGGUCAGACGCGUCAUGAAACUGCCGAAGUUGUAGAAAUUCAAGAUAACGAGGGAAAUUUUGCUCCUUCUCAACGGGUGUCUGGAGAAUACAGCUUUAUUGACCCUGAAACUAACCAACUGUAUAAAGUCACUUACACCGCAGACGAUAGGGGAUAUAUCGCUAAAUUCCCAGUACCCAUUGAUAUCUAUGGUUAAAUGUUUAGAUUAUGUGACUAUUAUAAAUUGCUGUGAUUUUUAUGUUUGUGUGUUGUUGUACGUGUAUCUGUUAUGAUUUCUGUAUUUGAAAUAUAACGUUUAUUUAUUAGAUGAACUGUAUAUAAACUGUCUUUA